AUGAAGAGGAAUCUGAGGGGAUCAAGAUUCACCUACUUUCUAGAUAAAACUCUCCCUCGGAUCUAUGCUGAGCUUCUAGAGCGUACGUACAAGUACCGAGUAUUUGGUGAUCCACCAUCUCAAAGAGCAGCCGAGGAUCUUGCAUAUGCCGUUGCACGUCUCUUCUCUGCAAAGCAUGGCACACUUGUAAACGACUACAUGUAUCAUGAAGGAACCAAUUUUGGAAGGGAAGGUUCUGCAUUUGUGAUGACUCGAUACUAUGAUGAAGCCCUACUUGAUGAAUAUGAUCAGUCUAGUCUGGACAAGGAGCCCAAAUUUGGACACCUAAGAAACUUGCAUCAUGCAUUGAAAUUGUGCCAGAAGGCUUUGCUUUAUGGAACCCCCUCUAUCCAAAACCUGGGGAAAGGUUACGAGGUUGUGAUAUAUGAGAAACCCAAGGGAAAGGUUUGUGCUGCUUUCCUCACAAACGCCAAUCCAAGAAUAGUUGGGACUGUGAACUUCAGAGAUGUAGAAUACUCUCUGCCUCGCCGUUCUAUCAGUAUCCUACCAGAUUGUAAGGCCGUAGUCUUCAACUGUCAGAGGACAACUGCCCAACACAAUGCAAGGACAUUCCAUACAGCUCAAGAAACCACUGAGAAGAACAAAUGGUGGAUGUAUCAAGAACAUAUCCCAAAAUUUCGUGAUACUAAAGUCACCUCAAGGCAGCCCUUGGAACUAAUGAACAUGACCAAGGACACUACAGACUAUCCGUGGUAUACCACAAGAUUCAAGUUGGAGGAUGCAGAUUUACGCAUGCGUCAUGACAUCUGCCCGGUGCCCCAAGUGUCAAGCCUUGGUCAUGCAAUACAUGCCUUUGUCAAUGGCUUUUACAUAGGGACUGGACAUGGGAGCCAUGUCGAAAAAAGUUUUGUGUUCACAAAGCCCAUGGAUCUAAAUCAAGGAGUUAACCACAUUACCAUUUUGGGAUUGACAAUUGGGUUGCCAAAUAGCGGAGCAUACUUGGAACAUAGACUUGCUGGUGUUCAAACGGUAGGCAUCCAACGUCUGAACACUGGGACUUUGGAUUUGUCAAACAACCGGUGGGGACAUCAAGUGGGAUUGGAUGGAGAAAGGUUGGGUAUCUUCACUGAGGAGGGAUCAAAGAAUGUUCAGUGGAUGGAGGCUAAGAGUGGCACGCCAGUCACAUGGUACAAGAGAUACUUUGAUGCUCCCAAUGGAAAAGACCCAGUCGCUCUAAAUAUGACCAGCAUGGGGAAAGGAUUGGCAUGGGUCUAUGGUGAGUGCAUCGGUCGUUACUGGGUGUCCUACCUCAAUCCUAUAUAUGGAACACCUUCUCAGUCAAUGUACCAUGUUCCCCGCUCCUGGUUGAAGCCAAAAGACAACCUCCUUGUCAUCUUUGAGGAGCAUGGAGGGAAGCCAGAGGACAUAAUAAUCAUGACCGCAAAGAGGGACAACAUCUGUGCCUUUGUCUCCGAGGCCCAUGCUCCCAGUGUUGGGUCAUUUAAAAUGAAGGAUGAUGAACUCCAGACUAUUGAAGAUGCCAAGCCAAAGGCUCACUUGAAGUGUGACAGCAAGAAGGUGAUCCAGGCUGUUGUCUUUGCAAGCUUCGGCAACCUGACAGGACCAUGUGGCAAGUACACCACUGGGUCUUGCCAUGCACCACAGACUUGGAGCAUUGUCAAGAAGGAAUGCUUGGGGAAGAGUUCAUGUGUGUUACCAGUCUCAGCCCAAGCCUAUGGGGCAGAUGCGAAGUGCCCUGGCACAACAAACACUCUCACAGUCCAAGUUAAAUGUGCCAAGAAGGAUAAUGAUGCAGCCGAGCACAGAACGACCGCACCUAUUUCUCCGUCCCGAGCGACAGUAUCGCGCAGGGCUGGGUCAACGCCUCGACCUGCCGGCCCCUCCUCGCCGUCCGCCUUCAGCCCGGAGAGCAUCGUCUUGAGCCGCCCGUCCUGCUGCGACAAGGAUGCCGGGUUAACGGAAGAAGGAAGCAAGUCGUCGAACCCGACACCGAGGUUGCGGAGGAGGCCUUGCAGCGAGCUGCUCGGCGGAAGUCAGAUUGAUUCCACCGCUGAGUUUGCUGUCAUUGCCAUCGUCUACCCUUCCGACGAAGCUCAGACCAAGGAUCCCUUCGGCGUCUCUGUCUCCGGCGUGGAGGGCUCGGGCUCUUUGUCCUGUCCCUCGUCGGAGGACUCCAUGGUGGGAGGUGGUUCUUGCCGGAGUUGUUGCGGUGGCGCCGCCUAG